AUGGAGAGAGCAGCGAAACUCGCCAGGAUAAACAAAACCACGGUGAUACAUAGGAUCAAUGAGUUACCAGAUGAAUUAAUCAUGAAGAUACUCUCAAUAAUUCCACUGUAUAAAGACACCGUUGCAACACGUCUCUUAUCAAAAUGGUGCCAGGAUCCUUGGAAACUUGUGCCGGAAGUCACGGUUGAAUACGAUGAUGAGAAGAGUUUCAUGAGUUUUUAUUACGGAUCUUUGUUUUCUAAUGGCGCUCCAACUCUAGGACAAUGCGUCUCAAGCUUAUCCGGAACCAUUCGGCUUCAUCCAUCAACUUCUGGGUUCAAACCGCUGCCUGUUUAUAAAUUUGUGAGAAAGCUGAGAUUCGACUUGUUCGGUGGAACCCUAAAACUCCAGCGUUGCUUAGUAAAUGCGAAACCCUAA